UUAUAUAUUCUAUUGGAUUUGAUUACCUGAAGUUGCAUGUUUACAACAAAUACCGACCCCACCAUAAAAACACACUAAUGCAUAAACACAAACACAGAUGCGCAUAUCUACUUUUCUCAGUGCAACUAGAUUCACUUUAGUUUUUCUGCAGUGCUAAAAUGAAAAGGCCACGAGAUCAGAUUAAUCUGACAUCGGCAGCUGGAGCAGCCACCUCACUGCCCAUUUGUUACAAAUCAGGAGCCUGAAUUAUGUCCACACUUGAUCUAUUUCCAUCCUUUUUCUUGUCGUGUUGUCAUGCUCCUUCAGAUAUAGGCAAGGAUCUAUUGCAAAAUAAAGAGCUCUCUUCCCUCUCCUAUACUCUGAGGUUACCAUGGAGACAGAUAUAAUUCAGUUCUUGAUGUUUCUCAUAAAAAAAAAGCCUGCGUACAUAUUUUCAUCUGCAACCAUAGCGACACUUGACAUUGUCAGCGCUAGUUGUAAAAAGCAAGUCACUAUAGCGACCCUAACCAUCCAGGCUGUGUCAUAGAUCAUGUGUCCUGGCUGAGUGUGCCUCCUCAUUAUGAGUGAAAUUUAGGAAUCCACUGGUAAACAGGAUUUAUUUGAUCAUUUUGAAACACAUUAUCACCUUGAUGUUGAGCACUGCAAGGUAACUCUCAAAGGACUUAUGGAUUUAUAUGACAUUUCAUUUGCUCAGUUUGGGGCAUUAAAGGUUAAUGUAUUGAUAAUAGAUAUAUAUAUAUUGGUGAGUGGACACCAAUAUCAGUGCAAUAUUUGCAGGUCAAAUGCCUAAAUACUGUUGACAUAUUCAAAUCUAUUUAAAAGGUCAGGGUUUCUCAAACUUAAAAAUAAAAAAUAGGCCAUAGUCUGUGUCUUUUAGUGCUACAAAUGAAACCUUUACAAAUGAUUACAGUGGGUUGUAAUUUAGAUUUUUCUGUCAUGUGUGCCGAAACUAAUAGAAAAAAAUAACAUUUUUCUGACACAACUCUUAUUGUCAGGAAGAAUUAAAAAACAAUAUAUAUAGUUUUUGUCCAAUUCUUGCUCCUGUAUCGUACACUGAUCAGUGAUUGGAGUGAGACGCAUUUGAAGCUUGCAGUAUAGGUAAUUAUUUUUCAUAGAUGCACCCCGUCUUGUGCGUCAACCGUACGUCACACUAUAGGCCUAAUGGCCAACCGUACAACAGUGUUGGUGUGGAAAAAGCGCUGCUUUCAUCCAAUGCAUGGCUUCAGAGUAACUACAACACAAAAGUUUACAUCCAUACUGUUGUUGUGUCCACCACAAAACAGGGCAUUUGACCCACAGCUGGCCACAUGUGCAGCCUAAUGAGACUGCAGCAUCUGGUGUUUUAGGUUUUGAUCAAAAUAGUGAUUUUUCAAACAAAUUCCUAUAAAUACAACUUGUCCGAAAUACAUCUCCAGGGUAUCAUCGCAACCAUCUCCCCCAUAAACCCAAUCCCGGUGAUGGCUGGCGGAGAUGCGCUCGUCCUCGGCGAUAAUCGAUAGACGCAUGCAGGUAGCCUUCCUCCCUACACACGCAGCAUCACCACGCAUCCUUACUCCACUGUGCAGUCUCUCUUAUUUUCCUCCCCAUCACCACACAUAUGAGAAAUCGCUCGUGGGGGCCCUGCCUAUUGAGCUCUAAACAUCUGGAACACCUCAUAUUUGUUUUACAAGGCAGAGGCGAACAGUCUGUGCCCGAGAUAGAAGAGUGAGACAGCAGCAGCAGCAGCAGCACCAGGACGGACCACUUGACACCUUGCUUCACGACAUCGAUAUGCAGUAGUGUGAUACCAGCUCUGCGGAGACGGGAAGGCCAGUCCAUGGCAUCUUGAUAUUAAAACCGUGGGCUCUGCGCAUUCCUCACCGACGGCAUAGUCUUUUUUUCUGCGGAGUCGAAAGGAUUAACUUGGCCAGAUAAAAGCGGCGAGGGAGGAAAUCUUAACAAUAAUUCAAUUUGACCAGAUUCUGUUUGGUUGGAUUCGUGGGAUAUCAUUGGACCUGCGAUGGACUCCAGCGCGGGGGAAUAUGGCAUGGCUCGUCUUGGAUUGUUUUUGGUUUUGAUGGGGCUGUGGAGAUUUAGCGAUGCUUGCCCCGCAUCCUGCACUUGCAGCAUCUCAAGGAUUGUUUGUAUUGAUUCUGUACCAGGGAUCGAGGAUUUCCCUGUCCUCACGUUAGAUGACAUGGAAAACAUCACCGAGAUAUACAUUGCUAAUCAAAACAGACUGUUUGACAUCAACGACAACAGUCUGAAGCCCUACGUGAACCUCAGAAACCUAACAGUGAUGAAGACAAGACUGACAUCUAUAUCGUCAGAUGCAUUUUUCAACAAUACAAGACUUCAAUAUGUAAAUCUCAGAGACAAUAACCUAUCGACACUGUCAUGGAGAACAUUUCAGAACUUUAACACAACGUACCCGCUCCUCUUGUCCGGAAACCCUCUGGAGUGUGUCUGUGAGAACUUUUGGAUCAAACUGCGGCUCCUAGAAGAAACUGACAGUCAAGAGCUGAAAUGCAUAGAUGACAGAGGAGUGGCAAAGGCCUUUGACACACUCAGUCCUCCUGACUGUGUGGUUCCCAAAGUAGAGGUCACCCCAACAACCGUGACUGAGAUGCAGGGGAGUGAUGUCAAAGCUGUGUGCACCGCCUCAGGCUCCCCCCCUCCUGAGAUCCUGUGGAACCUUGAUUUGCUCUCUACCCACCAUGAGAUUGAACCUUCAGAUAUGGAGAGCAGCCUCACCCUGUCAGACCUGUCUCCUGAUGAUAAUGGCAGGGUGAUCAUAUGCAGUGCUGAGAACAUGGUUGGUCAGACGGAGGCCACCCUUCAGCUCAAUAUUCUCUUUGCCCCCACCAUCCAGCAGCUGCUGGGGCCAGAGCGGGACCACCACUGGUGCAUCCCCUUCAGCGUGACAGGGAACCCCAAGCCUGAGCUGCAGUGGUACCAUGAAAACGUGCCUCUCCAUGAGCAGGACUACAUGCGCACCAUGAUCCACGUGUCCACCGAGAGCGAGUACCACGGCUGCCUGCAGCUGGUUAACCCCACGCACAUCCACAAUGGCAUGUACAGGCUGGUGGCAAAGAACAAGUACGGCCAGGACGAGAAGAAGGUCUCUGCCCAGUUCAUCGACCCGCCUGACAUCGACCAUACAGCAGAAGACCCCUUCUACUACUAUACUACUGACUCGCCACUCCCUCCUCUGGAUGACAGUGUUGCAGUGUAUGUAGUUGUGGGAAUCGCAGGAGUUGCUUUGACUGGCUGCGUUCUGAUGGUGAUUAUUCUGAAAUAUGGAAGAAACUCCAAGUUUGGUAUUAAAGGCUCCUCCUCAGUCAUCAGUAAUGACGAUGACUCUGCCAGCCCUCUUCAUCACGUCUCCAAUGGCAACAACACCCCAUCGUCCUCGGAGAUGGGUCCAGACGCAGUGAUCAUUGGGAUGACAAAGAUUCCUGUCAUUGAGAACCCACAGUACUUCCGUAACUCCGGCAGCAUGCUGAAAUCUGACACGUUUGUCCAGCACAUCAAGAGACACAACAUUGUACUGAAGCGUGAGCUGGGAGAGGGAGCCUUUGGGAAGGUGUUUCUCGCUGAGUGCUACAACCUGACACCAGACCAGGAGAAGCUCCAUGUGGCAGUCAAGACUCUGAAAGAGGCCAACGAGAGCGGCCGAGCGGACUUCUACCGAGAGGCCGAGCUUCUCACCAACCUGCAACAUGAACACAUUGUCACCUUCUACGGGGUGUGUGUAGAGAGCGACCCGCUCAUCAUGGUGUUUGAAUAUAUGAAACAUGGUGACCUAAACAAGUUCCUCAGGUCCCACGGUCCUGAUGCAGUGCUAAUGGCAGACGGUCAACACAGUAUCCUGGUGGAGCUCACCCAGUCCCAGAUGCUGCACAUUGCCCAACAGAUUGCUGCUGGCAUGGUCUACCUGGCCUCUCAGCACUUUGUCCACAGAGACUUGGCAACCAGGAACUGCCUGGUAGGAGAAAACCUGCUGGUCAAGAUAGGAGACUUUGGCAUGUCCAGAGACGUUUACAGCACAGACUACUACAGAGUGGGCGGUCAUACGAUGCUGCCAAUCCGCUGGAUGCCCCCAGAGAGCAUCAUGUACCGGCGGUUCACCACAGAGAGUGAUGUGUGGAGCCUCGGCGUGGUGCUGUGGGAGAUCUUCACCUACGGCAAGCAGCCCUGGUACCAGCUCUCCAACAAUGAGGUGAUUGAGUGCAUCACCCAGGGCCGCGUGCUGCAGCGGCCCCGCACCUGUCCUAAAGAGGUGUACGACCUGAUGCUGGGCUGCUGGCAGAGGGAGCCCUACAUGAGGCUGAACAUCAAGGAGAUCCACACCAUGCUCCAGAGCCUCGCCAAGGCCUCACCCGUGUACCUGGACAUACUGGGCUGAUGCGCCAGCGUUCUUGUAUGUACUUUGCGUGCAUGUGUGUGAGCUGGGUAUGUGGACGAGUGGUUGCGUGUUUGUCUGCACAUGAUGAGGUGGAGAGGAGAGGAAGAAACGAAGGCUGUGCAUCUGUGUACAGUACCUGGCUGUAAAUGUUACUGUAAAUGCUAUCGUCCGUGUCCUCAUUUCAUCGAGAAAAGCCUUAAAUUUUUUGUGAUUUAUGUUUUGCUUUUUCGUUUCUUAUCCAUUCGCAGACGUUACUGAGGCAUGUUUCACAAAUGGAAACCAAAAUGCAUACAGGAUUAUGUAACUUUAUCCAAACUAUCAACACUCCUAUAUGUUAAAGGCAUAAAAAUAAAUGAAACCAGCUAAUCACAAGCAUUGAUUACUGGGUUAUUCUGUCUACAUUCAUCACAUUCAACAAUCACUCUCCUGUAUUCCAUAUAUGCUGGGAACGAACAAAGGGAAAAUAAUGUGUCUCCAUAAUGGACAAUGUAUGGGCACAACUUUGUAGAUAGAGCUUUCUCUUCUUUCAACAUGUCACACAGAGCAACAUAUUCUGCAGGAAGAUUAAAAAAAUUACUCAUUAAGUUACAGCUUAAGCUUUUUCUUUUAUAUGUCAGACUAUUUUAAUAUUUGUAGAAUUUAUAAAUGUCGACUCUGUUUUCAUACCAAGCUGUUGAUUUAAAUCUGUGGUUUUUGAGUCAAACUUUCUGCCUGUUAGAAUUUUAAACGUGCGUAUAUAUUGUUAUAGACGUACGUUUAAAAAAACAGCGUGAAACCCAUAUAGAUUCUUAAAGAUGCCUGUGUCUGUUAUAUAUAACCUACAUAAGUCCACUGAAGGACUUCCCAAUGUGAAAUCAGUGUUGAGGUUGUAAAACACAAGGGCAUACAGCAUUUUUACAGCACCAUUUUUUUUUAAUAAUGUCAAAAUCAUUUGUCAUAGUUUAUGUAAAUAUCUGUUGAUGUUUUACACUGAUUACACAAGGUCAUCUAUAUUUACAAAGUAGUGUUUUAAACGUUUGUUGGAGUGCUCUACUCAUUUCACAACCUUUUUCAUUUAAUAUAUCUAAAGCACAGAGAAUGAGGACUCGGCGGUGUUGAGCUGUGCCUACCCCCACCCCCCAAAAAGAUGAGCACAGUUUGUUUUACUUUUAUUUCUUCAUUCACCAGCAAUGCCAUUUAGCAAAUCGUUGUUGUUCAGUGGCCCAUAUCUGUAAGUGAUGUGGUUUUGUAUGCAUCUUCAGAGGCAAGUUUUCAAAGAUUGUGUUUAUGGUUUGACAAGAGAAGAUGACCUUAUGGAGUGUUGUCUUAAUUUUUUGUUGUUUUUUUUUUUUUUUUUUUGCCUAAUUUCUAAGAUGGAUUGAGGGGGCAUUGUGUUUACUGAUGUUGAUUAAAUAUAUUGAGGAUUUCUUUGUUUUCAGCACUUUGGUUUUGCAUGUAUUGACGUCGCUACUUGUCUAUUUGUUAUUUAUUUGCAUUACAAGUGUACUUUGAGGAUCUAAUCAUUAAUUCUACAUAGCAAGCUAAGAGACUGCAGUAAAAGGAUUAAUUAAGAGUCUGAUUGCCCUUAAAGUGUCCCAGGGGUGCUUUCAUCUCUCUGAGCGGCCCCAGUAAGCCGUGUGGUGACUGAUACAGCUCCUUACUUUAGGGCAUUGGUAAAGCACAUUUGUACAGGCUGAGGACCUUAAUGCUUAAAAUGGUUUAAAAAAUGCAUUGUUGUAGUUUCAAAAUGAUCUUUUGUUUUCCAGAGAUAAAAAAGGCUAAAAUAUUACAGCAAGUGUAGUGGUCCGAGUGUCUAGUACAAACUUCUGUAUUAAUAUUUGCAAAAAACAGCAGCGAUUACUCCUUCAUAAUAACCAUCAUGUAUUUCCACAUGGAGGCAUAAAGCAGUAAGGCUCUUUGCUGAGACAAUAAGUUAUGUUAAGUGCACUUUGUAGCGUUACUUAACCCCCAAAUGCACAACCUGAGCGGCUGUGCUCAGCACUGACCGCUCUCUGCCUCGACCUCAACUGCACUUAACAAAAAAGCCCUUGUCACCCUUGCUAUGCUGGCCAUGACUGAGCAAGUCUGAACUCUGACACAUCGUCCUUGAUGAAAAUGGCCGUGUCCCUCUAUGUUUUUAUUACAGCGUUUGUCAGUUCUGUAUAAUAGUCACGUGUCCGCUGUACAUAAAUUGCUGUCCAUUCUGUACAGUUCUGAUAUUUGUCUAUAUCAAUAGUAGGCUAUGUUUAAUAGUAUAAUCUGUUUUAAGCAGGUAUCAUGUCAAAACUGUGUGACAUCUAUUGAAGACAAUGUGUUAUGGGCCACUGGCAAUACAUACUAUAUGUAAAUACGAUUUUAUUUGUGCUACAUUGUAUAAUUUCUUUGUGCUCGUUCAUAAUACCAGUGAGAAUACAAUCCUUUUUUUGUCAACUUUUGAUCUGCGGAGGACUUUAUUUGAACAAUGUGGGUUUUUUUCUCUGAAGAAAAAAAAAGAAAAAUGAUCUCCUCUUUCCUCUCCACUGUGAUGGGGAGCUUUCACAGAGGCUGUUUGAGAUGCUGUCUGUCUGUAGGAGGACACAUAGACUCUGGAUCUGAUUCAACAUCAGGAUCUCUGUCCCAGCAGACGCGUGGCCGAUGGUGAGGAGGUCAAAGGUCACCUCUGGGCCAAAACCCCACCACUCAACCUCUGACUGACUGUAGCCUAUUUUGAUCCUCUUUCAGAUGAAUAACUGUGACUUUGCAUCAUGAAUAGUAUAUUAUUUUGAAUGUAAUCUAGAAGGGAUGGGACCUUUUUUGAAUGUAAUCUAUCUUGGGGGGGGGGGGUUAAGGAUUUUUGUAAAUAUAUGGUAAAAGAAAAAAAGAUUACAGUUUUCAUUCCUGUGCAGAUAACAAAUUUUACUUACUGUGUGAAUACAAAGAGAAGAGUGUAUGUGUGUGUGUGACCAAUGUCUCAGAGACGGCGCGUGUGUGUGUGUGUGUGUGUGCACUUGCACACAUCCGUAUGCAAGAGUGUGUGCGUGUGUGUAUGUGUGUGUGUGCUCUCCUGGCAGAUUUAAUCCUGCUUUAAUCAGCCAGAUCUAUCAAUCAAUUCAAUGCUUUGUGCAUCAUGUGAGUAGCUUAUCCACAAUUAAUGGAAAUGUUCCUUGUGAUACUGUGCAUUUAAUAAAGGUGGUAUGUCUUACAAUA